AUGAUCACCACCCUCAACGAUAACAACGACGAGCACCAAGCCGGCGAGGACGUGUCGACAGGUUCGUCGGGCAAGUUUGUCGAGCUGCCCUCGCUUGGGUAUGCCCGCAUGGCCAACCGUGAGGUCAUCCCAUCGCCAAACCGCCGCGAUCGCAAGCUCCAGUUCGGCAUCGAUUGCGCCGAGCUCGUGCACUUUACUCAUUGGGAGCCUGGAGGAGAGCAUAUCAAGAGCCUCGUCGUCAAGAAUGUUGUCAUGAAGACGCAAAAGAUCCGGUAUAAGCUGCCACAGACAAAAUACUUUUCGAUGGACUUUCCAGAGACCCAGACCCUCAGCGCUGGCAUGAGCUGGACGAUCCCCAUCACAUUCCGUCCGGUCGCAAAGGAAUGCUACAACGACUUUAUCGAGUUCUCGACGUCCUUUGGAAAGUUUAAUCUGCCGGUGAAAGCAACGCUGCCCGAGCACACCCUUGAGUUUCCAGCAACAGUCGACUUUGGGCUCUGUCCUGUGCGCGAAACAGCAAGAAAGACCUUUCUGCUGAAGAACGUUGGCGAGCUCUCAAGCUACUUCGAAUGGCAGAUUGCUCGGCCGUUUGGUAUUACGCCCCGGACGGGAACUCUGCAUCCCGGCAACAGCGUCGUCGUCACCAUCGAACUCUCGCCUCGGGCAAGUCUUUGGUGCCUCUGUGCUCGUGAUGCAAGUGUCUACACUGCCGUCUCGGUCUGCAAGUUUGGCGAUCAGAAUCAGUGGGAAAAGUCGCAAGUUUCACAGGGCAUGACUGUCUACGGCAUCGGAAAAUACUCGCACCUCGCGAUCGAAGGCAUGAGCUCGGUCUUCGAUUUUGGCGAUACCUUUGUCGGCAAACCUGCCGAGCUCAAGUUUAUGCUCCAGAAUCUCUCCGCAGUACACGCAAACUUCCGCAUCCGGCAUGCUGAAAAGGAUGUGGAUCCGUACUUUGCCUUCUCUGUCCGCUCCGGAACCAUCCAGCCCAAUCGUAGUCUUGAAAUCGGGAUUACCUUUACUCCCUCUGUCGCAGGAAUGGUAUCGACGGACUAUUUCGAUAUUGUGACGCUCUCGGGAAACACCAUCCGCAUCACAUGCACAGGAAGGGGUGUCGGCCCCAAGGUGACUCUCAAUACAAACCUCAUCAACUUUGAAGACUGCGAGGAGGGCACAAACAAUCUCCGCGCAAUGUACAUCCAAAACCACACCAACAUCCCGGCGUACUAUCAGUUUCUCACGGAGCAGAACAGCAUCUUUAGAAUCGAUAAGAUCUCUGGCACCAUCAAUCCAAACACGUCGGUCGCGCUGACGGUUCGGUUCACGCCCAAGGAGCCCAUCAACUACUAUCGCCGUGUGUACUGCUUGGUAGAGCAUCAAGACGGACUGUUUGUCGACAUUAUUGGGACGUGCUUCAACAGCAAACGACGCCCGGCAACCUUUGAUCCAAAGCAUCUUGAGAACUACCGCGAGAGAAUCAAGAACGGGCUGUGGAGCUUUGGUCCUGAGCAACUCGAGGAGAUGCUGAAAAGUGGCACGAUCAAGUGCAUUAACGGCAUACUAUCAUACACCGACCCGGGCCAUCCUUUCACGAAACCGACACAGACUGACUCGCCAUAUCCUGACUCACUUGUCUCGAGCGAAUACUUCUACGAGAACACGGGCGAUACAAUGGCCGUCAGUCUUCUCGACACCUUUGUUGAUUUUGGUGCGUGUUCGCGCUAUCGCCUCAUCGAGAGCCAAACGAUCCGAAUCUCCAACAACACCAAGGGCAAAAUGUCGUGUGUCUGGAUCAUGCCGGGCGAGACAACGGGGGAAGAGCCCAUCUUCUCGGUAUCGCCAUCCAUCAUGGACAUCCAGCCAAGAUGCAUUGCCGAGUUCAGGGUGGACUUUCGACCCAUAAUGGACAACUCUUUCUACGGAGCGCAACUCGAGUGCUUUAUAUACUUCAAAAGCAUGCGCAACUUUCGUCUCGUCAACGAAGACACGUUCACUCCGCCAUGGUGCUUGACGCCAACGAUCUCUGGCAACACAUUCCCUCCAGGAGAAGAGUCCUUCAUCCCGAAAAUCAACUUUGGCACCACUCGACUUGAUUUCACGCCUUGCCAUGUCGACAAAUCCAUAUACCGCACCGUGGGCAUCUUCAAUGCCGGCGACACCCCUGUCAAGUUUGCGUUCAUGGACAAUCACCCCCACUCCAUGCUUGGCAUCGGUGGUGGUGGUGCCCUGAUCUCGUCAGGCGCUGACACGCCAUUCUCAGUCAAGCCUCGCACUGGUCUCUUGCACAAGAAUGAGUCGCAAUUGAUCGUGUUCCGGUUCUCGCCGUCUGAGCAGCGGUUGUACGAGCAAUCGCUGAAGUGCUUCUUCAACAGUUCGUCCGUCAACAGCUACGACAUACAAACAAAAGGAAUAGGCUACUACCCACAGAUAUCGUUCGAUAGCCAAAACACCAUAUGUUGCAAGCCCACCUGUAUCGGGGCUGUGACCAAGAAGGCGUUCUGCGUCCGAAACGACUCCCGAAUCCAUGUCAAUUUCGAGUGGCGAGUUCCAAAGCAGUACUCUUCGCUUGUGACCAUCACGCCUGUCCGGGGUCGUCUCUCGCCAAACUCAACCGAGACGCUGACAUGCACCUUCACCCCAAUGAGCGUCAAGAACUGGACACUCAAGCUCCCAUGCUACUACUAUCACGAGUCGCCAGACUCUGAGACCAUCAUCAAGGAGUCUGGUCCCCGGCGCACAACCCUGACGGUCAUCGGCCAGGGCACACUUGGACGAAUCGUGUCGGAGCCCAAGGAUAUUGACUUUGGCGCCAUCCUCGUCAACACCGUCGUCGAGAAGGAGAUUGUGCUCUUCAAUCGAUGCGAAUGUGAUGUGGUAUACAGCCUGGAAAUCUACCGACAAGAGGCCAAGCAUGAGGUCAAGGAGAGCCCCAAGCGCGCGGCCCCGGGAAGUCCAAAGUCCACGCGCUUCUCGAACGUCCACACCCUCGACGACGACUGGGCCGACGACCCUGAGGCCGAGACAGAGGUGGUUUCCGAAGACUACACCACGCCGCUAGUCAAUAGCGUCAAAGAGUCGGAGCUUGAAGUCCUCCAAACACACGCGGUUCUGCCUGCACGUUCCCAUCACACUCUCAAGCUGAGGGCGUGUCUGAAAGAGCAAACGCACCAGAUGUUUACGAUAUUCUACAGGCUGACCCUCCAGAGCCUCGAGGAAGGAUAUCUUGACUCCAACACACAUCUCAACACAUCCAUGACCAUCAACAUUCAAAACAAGUAUCAUCUGUGCAACGUCUCUGCAACUGGCGUCCAUCCCUCAGUUCAGGCGACUGACAUUCGCUGCGAAAACAUCAGCAAAACGGCCAUGUGGAAGCUGUUUUCAAUCGAUCGCUUCAACGACAUUCUGAAAGUUGUCGGCAACGACCGUGGCACACUCGAGGCCGACAUUGCGCGUGGAUUCGGCGGCGAGUGUUCCUUCCCGACCGACUCGGUGCCGAUUCUGUCCCCCGAAGAAAUCGACGCCAAUACCGUGACCUUUGACUUUGGGUCGACGCCGCUCGGCUCGAAAUCAACGGUGGUGCACAUGAGCCUCAAGAACUCUGGCGUUGUUCCAGUCGAAUGGGCGUUCAACUUUCCCAACGACCUUGAGGUGGAGAUCGAGCACUGGGCCGACCCUGGCGACUACACCGAGGAGCAGCUCCAUCACAACCUCAUUCUCGAUAACAAUCUCUUCACUAUCACGCCAAAGUCUGGAUGCCUGCAGCCAGACGAGUCCAUACAUGUGGUGAUGACAUACUCCCACGAGUUCUCAGGGUCUCAUCGGCUGCCGGUGGUUUUCAAGCUCAAGAACGGGAGCUCCACCACGACUGUCUUUGGCGGAAAGGAGGUCUUGAUCAAGUUCUCGGGAUACUCGAUCCCAAACGGCAAAAAGUUCAUUCACUUUCACACCAGCCAACAUACCUUUUCCCCUGUCGACAUUGGAACGAUGGAUCCACCCGCUCAGACCUACGAGCUCAUCAACCGCGGGACCAUACCACUCAACUAUUCGAUCGAUCUCUCAGCGCUAGAUUGGCUAAGAGCAGAGGGGUGCGACUUCCCCAUAUUCGAGUGUCGACAGUCCGGCGGCACUAUCUCCCCGAAUGGCAUCGAGCAGAUCGAGUGGAUUUUCAGGCCACUCGAGGUGCGGGAGUACGAGGUGGAUGUCCCUAUCACUGUCGCCGACGGCAAGACAACAAUGAUCACAUUCCGGGGAUUCGGAGAACAGCAUCUGCAACGUGGUACCGCCGACACCGACAAGGAGGACCCAAAACACUAUGUCGAUCGCAUCCCCAGUGUGCAGGAGCUGGCCAUACCUGAGCAAAUUGCAGUGCUGUCGUUGGAGCGAAUCAAUUUUGGGUACGUACCGCUUGGCUCUGUUCUCCGACAGAUUAUCGUCAUCAAAAACACAACCAUGGAUUCAGAACUGUCCUUCAAGUGGAUCUUGAACAACAUGCAACUGGAACAGCGAGAUCGGUUCAAAAUCACUCCUUCCUCCGGCUCUUUGAAGCCGAAUGAAAGUCGUGUUUGCAAGGUCGUGAUUGUGCCCAGCAAAGAGCCCCGGGUGUACAACCUCAACAUUGGAUGCGAGAUCACCAAUGAAACCAAAAAGGCCGAAUACACCGCCAAAUACGAGCAGUACGAGACGGCGGUCCGCGAGGGCAGAGAGCCGCCGUUUCUGUUCCGAAGCGACACUCGCGCCGGGAACUCUACUGGACUUUCAAGUGCCCAAUCCAAGGGUGACGGGAUCACAGCCCCAGGCAGCGCACGCUCAGCAAGCGAUAUCCGCAGAACCAAGUACAAGGCGCUGCCUCCCAUCACGCCGCCCCAGACAGGCUCGCCGGGCAAGCCCGCAUCGUCGCCGAAUGCUCCCAACUCGACUGCCGAAGCCGGAGCCGGACAGCGGCCUUCGAAAAGCAGCAGAUCCAGCAAUGGCCCAAACCCAUCAGAGAUACCCGAGCUGCUGAGGGCCCAGUCGGGACUUUCAAACUACGCCGACAUUUCUCAGUACGACAUGCCAAUGCCGCCAACACCGUUCCUGCUCUACUUGUCGAUCGUGGCCGAGUCGCUUCCGGUAAAUGAGUUCAGAACCAGGUUCAGGGACUUUGACACGUAUUAUCACGAGAAGAUGCCGUUCUACACGGAGCUCAGCUCGAUGCAGUCAGAGAGCGACGACUAUCUUGCUGAAUCAGACCAACGCGACAGCCUUGACGCAACUCCGGAGUGUCAGGACAUAUGCCUAUGGGCCCUUUCACAGGGACUCAAUGACAUUAUCCAGGAGUUUGAGGUGCAGAACUUUAUCGAGUUUGUGCACCUGGACCCACUGCCAUUCCAUGCACAGUUCUCCAACCAGCCUUGCAACGGGAUCUAUCUGCCCGAGAGUGGUGCACAUUUCAAGCGAUCCAAGAGUCACCAUGAGAGCGCCCUGAGCCGGUUGACGCCGGGAGGGCCUGAGGUGCCCGGAUACGGGCCAACGACAGGCAUCUACAACCGAUGCAUCGUCGAGGACGCCGAGGCAAACGUGCAGCAGGACAUUCUGACGUCGCCCGAGUUCCAGAAUGUGUGCGAGAGCAUCCUGGAGGGCACAAUCUUCAAUUUGAUCCAGGAAGCGAACGUUGACGAGUUUGAGAUGACGAGGCGAUACAUGUCGGUGAUCUGACGUGUGGAUAUCGUCGCGAGCGGGCACAGCGAUCUGGGCCCGACAGCCGUCACGACAGGAGGCCAAUACACUCGCUGCCAUGAUCUGCCUUGAGGAUUGCAUCACAUCGAGGUGGAUUGCA